AUGGGGGCCGAACCGCUAGAGGGAGAUAUCGAUCGUGAGACAUACACCGGACUGAAAUAUGGCGGAGAAUUUAGCGGGCCCAGCAGGCUAGAGUCCCACACUGCAGUUGAAGACACGGCACCGCAGGUGAGUAACCAAGCUGAAGAGUUUUCAGUAGUUGAAAUUGGUGAAGAGCUAGAGAGGGUCUUAGUGAGGAUUAGGCAGAUACCCAUCAGAGUAGGGGAAGAAUCGGAAGAGGCGCGUAUAGCGGGGAAAUACAGAACCAAGUUGUUCCAAGUACUGGAAAGUGAAGCCAGUGACAUAGGCAAAAUGCUGGAAGACUUGAAAGCUAGCGUAGUGAGAUAUAAGCAGUUUGGGCGGGAACUGUUCAGAACCCUACGCACUAAAGGCAUUGACACAAUAGAUGAUCUUAUAGAGUAUUUUGAUACCACAGAACGAGAUGGCGAGCUGAUUGCUGAUAUAUGCGACAUGUUUCAGACUAACGGUCGGGAGGUUCGAAAUGUACUUGGAGAGGUACAUCGCACCGUGCGUCAGCAAUCACACCGAAGCCCGCCAAAGGAAGAUGAUCAAAUGGACACGGACACUAACACAGAUGAGAAGGAAUUCAAUGAUGUCAGCAAGCCAGACUGGAGUGCCUUACGGUCUACCCUGGAGGCAGCGUUCGGAGAAAUUGGAAGGACAAGCAGUCAGCACAUCAGAUUAAGUGAUAGGUCUAUGGAGUAUGCCCAGAUCCUGCUAGACAACUUGAAGGAGUGGCCGGAGCAUAUUCACUUGCUGAGUACACUUCAUAGGGUGGAGCCGAGGGAGGCCUAUAACGCAGUGAAGGAGUUAGCCCUAAACAUUGAACAAUCCAAACUAAUGUGGUCAAGUGAAGGAGGGCGAAAGUAUGAUAAAGGGAGUUGGAAGCAAAGAGCCGCCACCUACUAUGAAGGGCCUUCAAGGACACAUAGUGAUAAGCUGGUCCAUUCUGAGGCCAAAUACGAGGUGGGACGGCCAAAGACAGUAGAUACCGUGAAGCAGGACGCCCAACGUGCCCCAAGAGAAAUUCCAAAUCUAAACACUGGUAGAGCUACUGAAAGCAGACGAGAAGAGAAAGGAAGUAAGGAGCAAAGGAGGUGUUACAACUGCUCCAGAUUUGGGCAAAUUGGCAAGGACUGUCCCCUGAGGGGAACCGUGGUGAAACAAAUUGCUAGGAAACCUCCGGAAAAGGGGCAAAGAAGAAGUACAGCUGUGGCCCAAAUAGUUGACAGAGUGCGAAGCCUAGGCGUGAAAGCGGUUGAGCCGUCAGAGGUGCCAUUGGUAGGAAACAUGGUGCCAGCGUGGGCUCAUUUGAUGGAGAUGCGGGUUCCAGCAAAACUGGACACAGGGUCUAUGAUAAGUAUUCUACCUGUGGGACUGCUGGCACGCGCUCAAAAAGAAGCGUUUGAUAUGGAAAAGUUAGAAGUGUUGCCAGAGGAAUCGAUGGUGCCGGUGUACGAUGCAUCAUGCAAUCGUAUGAACUCCCUGGGAGCUAUUAAGAUGCGAGUGUACCUAGAAGGUGGUAACACUGCUAUCGUAGCCUCCCAUAUUGCAGACACAAAUGAUAAGGAUAUCCGCUUAGGAAUGAAUGCAGAAGGAUGCGAGAGGUGUGACUGUGUUGAAAAGGCUCCAUGUGCCGCCGCACGGGUCGGCAAUCCUUCAUGCGCAUUGUGA